ACCUGACCGAAUCAAAAUGGCGGCGGCGUUGUUUUGAUGAAUAAGAGACUUUGUGUCAGGGGCAGGCCUCUCCACAGAGGCAGGCAGCAGGCAGCAGACUGAAGGAAGAAUAACCCUCCAUCCCGCCCUCCACCAACCUCCCCCCCGCGUUCCCUCUAACACUCUCAGACAAACUAUGCACCUCUGCUGAAAAAUAUACGGCUUUUUUCUUUUAAAAAAACGCGAAAAAUAUACUUAAAGAAUGGAAGAACUAAGUGCUGAUGAGAUCCGCAGAAGACGUCUUGCACGACUAGCUGGCGGACCAACGUCGCAGCCCACCACGCCGUUAACUUCCCCACAGCGAGAAAAUCCACCAGGCGUGUCUGCAGCAACACCAGGGAUGUCUCAAAACCUGGGCCUGAGUGUACAUAGUGUGACUCCUGCCACAUCACCAAUUGGAGCAACAGGUGUUGCACACAGAAGCCAGAGCAGCGAAGGAGUCAGCUCACUCAGUAGUUCCCCAUCAAACAGCCUUGAAAACCAGUCUCAGAGUCUUUCCCGAUCUCAAAGUAUGGAUAUUGACAGUGUGUCCUGUGAGAAAAGGUACUUAAUUUUCAGCAGCAUGUCCCAAGUGGAUGUGGACUCCGGAAUUGAAAAUAUGGAAGUUGAUGAGGGUGAUCGCAGGGAAAAACGGAGCCUGACUGAUAAGGAACCGUCUUUGGGGUCAGAUGUGUCAGAAGAGCAAGCACUUUCGCUUAUCUGUAAAAUUUUCCGAGUCUCCUGGAAGGAACACGACCAAGAUGUAAUUUUCUUGCCUGGUCUGGCUGCAGAGUUUAAACAGAGUGCAAAAGAAGUUUUUACAGACUGGAAGGACUUAAUUGGCCAGAUUCUGAUGGAAGUUCUGAUGCUGUCCACUCAAAUGCCAGAAGACAACCCAUUUGCCAGUUUGACUGCUACGUCUCAGCCAAUUGCAGCUGCUGCACGGUCACCGGAUAGGAGCUUGCCACUUAUCCCUUUGUCAAGUCAAGGAACAAGUCCUAUGUUUUGUAGUCCGGGUUCUUUUGGCGCCAGUUCUUUAUCAAGUUUGUAUGGAACCAGCCCAAGUUCUCGGUUCCUGUCAGCCAGCCACACUUCCAUGACAGCUGGUCCUACAACCCAGCAGCCUAAUUUUAUGAGUCCUGCUUCAUUGACACCCAGUUCUCCAUACCAGCGCACCAUUGCUACUAGUCCAUCCUCGCCUCAAGUCUGUUCUUCUGGACAACCGUCAUUCACAAUGAGCUGCCCCCCCUUAUUCUCUACUUCUCCCAGGCUAAGAAAUGUUGGCACCAAUGCACUGCCAAUCACAACUCUGUCUUCUAGCUCACAAACUUUAUCCAGGAGCCCUUCAAUCCCAAUAAGUUCUCCAAGACAAAGAACCUCCAUAAUGGGUCCACCAUUAUUUCCAGUUACUCCGUCUGCAUCAACCUCUCGCUCUUCUCCAAUGAGCCAGCCACCUUCUAGUAUAUACAACAAUCCCUUUUCUCUUCUCCUCUUCGCUCUUUCUGACUUACCGGAGGACAGCAGUGAUGAUGAUGCUGAUGAUGAUGAGGAAGACGAUGUUGAUUUAUCUAGUGUGCAGUUUGGUUCCAGUGUGGGCACAAUUGGCACUUGUUCAGAGUCUGGCAGCGAUCGUUUCACAAUUGAAGCGUGUAAGGAGACGGAGAUGUUGAACUACCUCAUAGAGUGCUUUGACAGAGUUGGAAUAGAAGAGCGGAAAGCUCCAAAGAUGUGCAAUCAACCAUGUGUCAGUCAGCUGCUCAGCAACAUCCGAUCCCAGUGUAUUUCCCAUGCUGCUCUCGUGUUGCAAGGAGCCCUCACACAGCCGAGGUCACUGUUGCAGCAGUCAUUACUGGUGCCCUACAUGCUGUGUCGGAAUCUUCCAUAUGGCUUCAUUCAAGAGCUGAUUAGAAUGACUCACCAGGACCAAGAGGUAUUCAAACAGAUCUUUAUUCCAAUUAUACAAGGCCUGGCAUCAGCCGUGAAAGAAUGCUCCUUGGAUGGUGAUAACUUCAAGUAUCCACUUGUGGCAUUACAAGAACUGAGUGAAAUUAAGUUUGGGAAAACUCAUCCUGUGUGCACUUUGGUGAUAUCAUUGCCGUUGUUUUUGCCUGAUCCUUUGAGUCAAGGCACAGGCAGAGAGCUGCAAAGGCUGUCAUUCCUUGGAGCUUGCUUCAGCCUGUCUGUAUUUGCUGAGGAUGAUACGAGAGUUGUGGAGAAAUAUUUCUCUGGGCCUACACUUACACUUGAAAAUACUCGAGUUGUCAGUCAAUCCUUGCAACACCAUCUGGAAUCGGCCAGGAAUGAUCUUUUCAAAAUUUUGCACAACAUCUUGCUUAAUGGUGAGACCAGAGAGAGUGCUUUAAAUUAUAUGGCAGCAGUGAUAAAUCGCAACAUGAAGAAAGCACAAAUGCAAACAGAUGACCGGAUGGUAUCGACAGAUGGAUUCAUGCUGAAUUUUCUUUGGGUGCUUCAGCAACUGAGCACAAAGAUCAAGUUAGAAACUGUAGAUCCAAUGUAUAUUUUCCACCCAAAAUGUCGUAUCAACAUUCUAGCAGAUGAGACUCGUGUGAAAGCCUCGAUGGACGAAAUUAAAAGUUGGCUUGCAGAGCUCAAUGAUCAGUCAACGUUUGCUGAGCCAAAGUUCCCAACAGAAUGUUUUUUCCUGACGCUACAUGCCCAUCAUCUUGCUAUCUUGCCAAGUUGCCGACGUUAUAUACGAAGACUACGAGCUAUUCGAGAUCUCAACAGGACCGUUGAGGAACUGAAAAAUAGUGAAAACCAGUGGAAAGAUUCUCCAUUGGCAAACAGACAUAGAGAGAUGUUGAAACGAUGUAAAACUCAAUUGAAGAAAUUGGUGCGGAGUAAGGCUUGUGCUGAUGCAGGUUUGUUGGAUGAACAUCUGUUGAGGAGAUGCCUCCAGUUCUAUGGCACGUUAAUUCAACUGAUCUUUCGCCUGAUUGAUUCGCGCUACCCAGACAUGACACUGCCCCUUAAUCCUGAUAUCCCCAAGGUGUUUGCAGCAUUGCCUGAAUUCUACUUGGAAGAUAUUGCUGAAUUUUUGCUGUUUGUUGUACAAUAUUCCCCUCAGGUUUUAUACGAGCCAUGUACUCAGGAUGUCGUGACCUUCCUUGUUGUAUUCACCUGUAGUCAAAACUAUAUCCGAAAUCCUUAUCUAAUUGCCAAGCUUGUGGAAGUCGUAUUUGUGACCAACCCGACAGUUCAGCCUCGAACACAGAAGUUCUAUGAAAUGAUGGAAAAUCACCCAUUAGCCACAAAACAACUUGUGCCUGCAUUAAUGAAAUUUUACACAGAUGUUGAACAUACUGGAGCAACAAGUGAAUUCUAUGACAAGUUCACUAUCCGUUACCACAUCAGCACAAUAUUUAAGAGCCUUUGGCAGAACGUAGCGCAUCAAGGCACCUUUAUGGAAGAGUUUAAUUCUGGAAAGCAAUUUGUCCGUUACAUCAAUAUGUUAAUAAAUGAUACCACAUACCUGCUGGAUGAGAGCCUGGAUUCUCUUAAACGUAUCCACGAGGUGCAGGAAGAAAUGAAGAACAAAGAGCGUUGGGACGCGUUACCCAGGGAUCAGCAACAGAGCCGGCAGUCCCAGCUGACUCAAGACGAGCGUGUCUCCCGUUCGUACCUCGCUCUUGGUGCCGAGACCGUGGAUAUGUUCCAUUACCUCACGAAACAAGUGCAAAAACCUUUCCUUCGACCCGAGCUUGGGCCGCGUUUAGCAGCAAUGCUGAACUUCAACCUGCAGCAGCUGUGUGGUCCGAAAUGCCGUGACCUAAAAGUAGAAAACCCGGAGAAGUAUGGUUUUGAACCGAAGAAGCUUUUGGAUCAGUUGACUGACAUCUACCUGCAUUUGGAUUGUCCCAGAUUUGCAAAAGCCAUUGCUGAUGACCAGCGAUCGUACAGUAAAGAACUCUUUGAUGAAGUCAUUUCGAAAAUGAGAAAAGCGGGAAUUAAAUCAACAAUAGCUAUAGAAAAGUUCAGGCUGCUGGCAGAAAAGGUAGAAGAGAUUGUGACAAAGAAUGCCCGCGCGGAAAUCGACUACGGUGAUGCACCAGAUGAGUUCAGAGAUCCACUGAUGGACACCCUGAUGAAUGAUCCUGUCAGGCUGCCUUCAGGAGCGAUAAUGGACCGCUCCAUUAUUUUAAGACAUUUACUGAAUUCUCCAACUGACCCAUUUAACCGCCAACAUUUAACAGAGAAUAUGCUAGAGCCAGUGCCUGAACUGAAGGAAAGGAUCCAUGCCUGGAUGAGAGCGAAGCAACAUUCAAAUCGCUUUUUGCAGUGAUGUGUCAUGGAAGAUGGAUCCAAUGCGAGAUGUUUGUAGUUCUGAGUGUAGACCACCAGUAUAUUGAGACCCAAGAGAAAAUCUGCUCCACAAUGAAUUGUUGCAGGCAGGACUGCUGCACUCGUAUUAAAAAGGGUGAACUGAAAACAUUAGAAAAAUGUUAUGGCGCUGUAAAUAAAUUUAAUUUAAAAGAACAAACAAUUUAAAGGAGAAAAAGUUCAGAGGUGUAGGGUACAAGUUAAAAUACCUUUUUCAGUACAGCAACAUGUGACCAGUCCAAGUGUAACAGUGGUGUACUCGGAUCUGUAAUUUGGAAACUAAAAGGGUCUGAGCAACGAUGUUUUUUAAACGACUGUAUUAACGGAAGAUGGUCUGUAUUUUAGGUUGAAAUUAUUACUGUAUCUUGUGCCCAGUCGCUGCUGAAGGGACUGUUUUGUUUGCUGCACUAAAUGUUCUUCAAAACCAAAGUGAUGCACAGGCCCUAUCCCUAAAAACUGAUGUUUUAAUUAUGAGGCAUAAUCUGUUGGCUCACAGGAUUAAAGGUGAGACUAUUGAAUUCUAUUUGUUUAUCAUUAAUUUAUAUUUUUUCUAGCUGCCUCUCUCCCUCCUGUUCCACUUUAUGCAUAGACUUGUUUGCAAACACUGUAGCUAAGAAGUUACGACUCUCCUCCGUUUCUACCAACCAUGUUUUACGGCCAUUGCUUUUUCCACUGUAUGAGCUGCAUUAUUGGGAUAUUUUGAUUGCAAUAAGGUUUUCUCAAGACAUGCUCUGAGAAGCAUCCUAAAUGCAGGAGCCAUUCGAUUUCCUUCCUCUCCCGGAGGGCCUUUAUUGUGACAGCACACCAGAGGGCACUCUUGUUUUCCAAGAGUUCUUCAGCCUUACACUGAAAUGUUCCAAAUGGUAUAGUUCAUGCCAAAAAUGACUGCAGAUGCUGGCAAUCAGGAAUAAAAGCAGACAGCGCUGCACAUCCUCGUUUGAUCAGGCAGCAUCUGUUCAUUAUUGUCCAUGCUCUCAAGUAUCUGACUUGUGAAUAGAAAGAAAAUCAAGAUAUUUUUUUUUGUCUGCCCUAUUGUAUUCACUCCUGUUAAUUUGAGCUUUUAAUUCAUGUUGGUUGUCUACAUUUUCUGAAUAAUUUUUUUAUCUCAUUUACAUUUUGUAUAAUUUGCUGCAGAGUUGGUUAUUUCAACUGUCCUGAAUUGUAGCAAACUGAAGUAAUGUGAAGUUACUUUGCAUUUUGGAAAUUUUAUUUGCAAGUUAAAUAAAGUAUGGAAGAAAAAUCCUAAAUUUCA